ACCAGCAGCAACAGAAUACUGCCUGUAAUCACAGAUAAUCCCACAACGGUUGUCCACGAUGAAGGAGAUAUGGCGAUUUUAUACUGCUCAGUACUCAACCUUCAGAACCACACGGUGAUUUGGCGAAAACUGCCAAAUUCUUCCCCGCUGACAAUAGGCACCAAAUCCUACACCAGAGAUUUACGGACUCACGCAGAGCACGUGCCCAACAGCUCACAGUGGAACCUGGUCAUAGAAAAGGUCAGCCUGGGAGAUGCUGGGGAGUACGAGUGCCAGAUCAGCAAGAGGAAUUCUCAGUUACGACGAAGGGUCACGCUGGUUGUCAAAGUACUAUACCAUUAUUUUAAAAUUAUGUAUCAUCCUUCUCCUGCUC